AUGGCAGGAACCAGAGAACUUAGAAGCAGUCGGAGGAAUGAAAGAGCAAUACCCUUCGAUGUCGCUAAGGAGGAGGCCCUGAGGUACAUUACCCUUGGGAAAGAUAAGCCGGGUUGCUCAGUAAAACAAGUGGAUCAUUUGAUAGGAAAAGGGUUGUAUGCCGAAAAGGAAUAUCGCGAAGGUGAAUUUAUAGUGGAAUAUUCUGGAGAUCUUUUACUCAGGAAAGAUGGACUGGAGCGAGAGAUAUUCUAUCCACUUGAGAAAGGAAGCUACAUUUACUUCUUUGCUUGGGACAGUACGAAGUACUGUUUAGAUGCUACAAAUUCAAAACAACAAGGAAGAUAUGCCAAUGAUGCAGCUCCAGGAGAUGUUCUUCAGAAUGCAGUUAUGAGAUGUGUACCAAACAACGGAUUGCCUAACUUGGCUCUUUUUGCUUCAAGGAAUAUAGGUGUAGGAGAGGAAGUUAGAUAUGAUUAUGGAGUUAAAGACCUUCCAUGGAGGAAACAGAUUGAGAGACCCCCUGUUGUUUUUGUUGAGAAAAUUGAAAGGAGUUUGGUUUGGCAGCAGACUUCCUGUUCAUCUCCUCCCCCUGAGGAUUCUAGGGAAAUGCAAAGGACAGAAAGAGUCGGUCAUGUCUGGGUUUAG